UCUCUCUCUCUCUCUCUCUCUCUCUCGAUGUGAAGGAGCUGCGCAAUGUUGAUGGGCGUGUCAGGAAGACUUUACAAAGAGCGGUUAAAGCAGGAAGGAAUGGGUACUCAUGAGAAGGCCCUGAGGUUCCUGAACCAGGAUUACGAGGCUUUGAAGCGAGAAUGUCUGGAGAAUGGGACCCUCUUCGAAGACCCACAGUUUCCAGCUGUCCCCACAAGCAUCGGGUUCAAGGAACUCGCUCCACACAGCUCCAAAACCCGUGGCAUCAUCUGGAAAAGACCACAGGAGAUUGCAGCUGACCCACAGUUCGUUCUGGCUGGAGCAUCUCGAACUGAUGUUUGUCAGGGAGGACUCGGUGAGAUCAUCAAACCAGAGACCUAG